CCCCAGAGGGGAAAGACUGGUCAUUUCCUUUCUGCUGUUUGCACCCUCCCUUGGGGCUUAAAAACCACAGUCUGUGGGCAGGACGCACCUUCGAUCAGCGGGGAGCCCGGGAGACCUGAAUAUGGUCCUCAGGGCUGGGAUCAGAAAGGUCCCUGGGGCAGGAAAUCCGAGCGUUGGAUCUGGCUAGAUGGCAUCUUCCUCAAGUGGAGAGAUCCAGGAGGGGUCUUUCUGGCGGCGGGAAGGACAGGAGCAAACCCUGGGAGGCUGCAAAGAACCAGCUCGGAAGCAAGACGAGGAGACUCCUCUUUCUUGGGCUUCCUUCUCUUUACCUUGAAGAUGGGGAGAACAAUCCGACCAUCCUCCGGAACUAGAACCUACGUCACAGGAUCACUGAGAGAAUUAAACGAUACACGGAAAGCUCUUACGUGCAUGGACUCCCUGAAUUACAGCACCCCUGACUAUGCUGAUUAUGGCUGGACCGUGGACCCGUACAUGCCAGUGGACAAGUCUUCUAGAACCCCCGCCCUGUCUGCCCCGAAUGUGACUGCCCUGGUAAUCUUAGCGGUGGUCUUCCUGGUGGGCGUCCCGGGCAACAGCCUGGUGGUGUGGGUGACGGGCUUCGAGGUCCGGCGAAACAUCAACGCCAUCUGGUUUCUCAACCUGGCGGUGGCCGACCUCCUCUCCUGCCUGGCGCUGCCCAUCUUGUUCACAUCCAUCGUCCAGCACGGCCACUGGCCCUAUGGCGAGGUGGCCUGCCGCGUCCUGCCCUCCCUCAUCCUGCUCAACAUGUACGCCAGCAUCUUGCUCCUGGCCACCAUCAGCGCCGACCGCUUCCUGCUGGUGUUUAACCCCGUCUGGUGCCAGAACUAUCGAGGGGCCCGCUUGGCCUGGGCGGCCUGCGGCGUGGCCUGGGGCUUGGCCCUGUUGCUGACCAUCCCGUCCUUCAUGUAUCGCGCGGUGCGCGUGGAGGCCUUUCCGUUCAAGAUGGAGUGCGGCGUGAGCUACGGGAAAGACAGUUUCGUCACCGAGAGGGUCGUGGCCAUCCUGCGGCUGGUGGUGGGCUUCCUGUGGCCGCUGGUCACGCUCGGAAUCUGUUACACGUUCCUCCUGAUUCGGACGUGGAGCCGCAGCGCCACGCGCUCCGCCAAGACGGUCAAGGUGGUGGCGGCGGUGGUGACCAGCUUCUUUGUGUUCUGGCUGCCCUACCAGGUGACGGGGAUGAUGCUGGCCCUGUCCGACCCGCGCUCGAGAAUCUUCAAGAGCGUGUCGGCUCUGGACGCCCUGUGCGUCGCCUUCGCUUACGUCAACUGCUGCAUAAAUCCCGUCAUCUACGUGGCGGCGGCUCGGGGCUUCCACGCGCGCUUCCUCAAGUCCCUCCCCGCCAGGCUCCGGAACGUGUUGACCGAGGAGUCCGUGUCCCGGGACAGCAAGUCCUACACCCUCUCCACGGCGGACACCCCAGCCCAGAAGAGCCAGGCGGUGUGAGGGGUGCGCUCCCGGCCGCCCUCUGCUCGGCCCCCCCCCCCCCCCCACCCCGUGCGGUUUCUCUGGGCUCGUGGUAACCGUGACCUUGGUGAAACCGUAUUACCCCCCCCCCCCCCCCCCCCCCAAACAGCUCUCUGUCUGCGCGUGCGCGUGCACGUGCAGCUUGUGACUAGGACACAUUCGAUACACAGAAGACAGAUGGGAACGUCGUAACCUUUGCAGAAGAGUGAAGGGCGCCUGCGCGGCUCAGUCGCUUGAGCGUC